AUGGAGGAAUUUUCACUAAGCACUCAAGAUGUCAGCAGUGAUAUCAAAUAUAAAUCAAGCAAAAAUGAAUUCAUUACAAUUAUAGAAAGCGACAAUAAGAAUAUAGACGAUAAUUUCAUACCUCAUGAUACACUCAGCACCAUUUCAAGGAAGGAGAAAAAACCGCCCAUUUAUAGACGUAUAAUUGAUUCUUUUAAACCUCCAGAAGAUGGUUCUUUCCAUACUGGUAAUUUGAAAAAAUCAUUGAAAUCAAGACAUCUUAUCAUGAUCGCUAUAGGUGGCUCGAUAGGUACCGGUUUAUUCAUUGGGUCUGGUCAAGCUUUAGCAACUGGUGGUCCACUAGCUGUAAUCAUCGGAUGGGCUGUCGCGGGUUCUCAAAUCGUAGGUACCAUCCAUGGUUUAGGUGAAAUUACUGUGAGAUUCCCUGUCGUGGGAGCAUUUGCCAGUUACACUACAAGAUUCUUGGAUCCAAGUAUUAGUUUUGUCGUUUCUACUAUUUAUGUGUUACAAUGGUUUUUCGUCUUGCCUUUAGAAAUUAUCGCCUCUGCUAUCACAGUUCAAUAUUGGAAUGAUUCGAUCGAUCCCGUUGUAUUCGUAGCUAUCUUCUACUGUGUCAUAGUAUCGAUAAACUUAUUUGGUGCUCGUGGUUUUGGUGAAGCUGAGUUCAUUUUCUCAACUGUAAAAAUCAUCACAAUUUGCGGGUUCAUUAUCUUAUGCAUUGUUUUAAUCGCAGGUGGUGGUCCAGAUCAUGAGUAUAUUGGGGCCAAAUACUGGCAUAAUCCUGGUAGUCUGGCGCAUGGGUUUAAAGGUGUUCUAUCAGUCUUGGUGGUGGCAUCAUAUUCCUUAGGUGGUACUGAAAUGACUUGUUUGGCUUCAGGUGAAACGGAUCCAAAAGAAUUGCCAAGUGCUAUCAAACAAGUGUUUUGGAGAAUUUUAUUCUUCUUCUUAGUUUCUUUAACCUUAGUUGGAUUUUUGGUACCUUACACUAACCCAAACUUGUUAGGUGGUUCCUCCGUUGAUAAUUCGCCUUUUGUUAUUGCUAUCAAAAUCCAUAAUAUUAAAGUUUUACCUUCAAUUGUCAAUGCUGUCAUCUUGGUCAGUAUUUUAAGUGUAGGUAAUUCAUGCAUUUUUGCCUCUAGCAGAACUCUAUGUUCAAUGGCUCAUCAACAUUUAAUUCCAUGGUGGUUCGGAUAUAUUGAUCGUGCAGGUAGACCUUUAACUGGUAUUAUUAUUAACUCACUUUUUGGUUUAUUAGCUUUCUUAGUCAAGUCAAGUUCUGUUACUGAAGUCUUCGACUGGUUAAUGGCUAUUGCUGGUUUGGCGACUUGUAUCGUUUGGUUAAGUAUAAACAUCUGUCACGUUAGAUUCCGUUUGGCUAUGAAGGCUCAAAAUAGGACUUUAGAUGAGUUGGAAUUCGUCAGUGCAGUUGGUAUCUGGGGUUCGGUUUAUUCGGGUAUCGUAAAUGCAUUGAUCUUGGUGGCUCAAUUUUAUAUUGCAUUAUGGCCAAUUGGAGGUUGGACCGAUAGUGGUACCAGAGCUAAAAAGUUUUUCCAAAACUAUUUAUGUGCAUUGAUCUUAAUAGUUUUAUUCAUCGGUCAUAAAAUUUAUUAUAGAGUCACUACUGGUCAUUGGUGGGAAUAUAUUGCAUUAAAAGAUAUCGAUCUGGACACAGAUCGUAAAAAUGUUGAUAUUGAAAUCAUUAAACAGGAAAUUCAUGAAAAGAAAAUGUAUCUUGCAUCAAAACCAUGGUAUGUCAGACAAUUCCAUGUUUGGUGUUGA